AAGAGAUCCGUUCCUGACGAGCGUUCGUUCUCCGCAUCCCCGCUCUCUCAGAAGUCCGCCCCGACGAGGUUAAGACAAGCCGACCGUGCCGUCGUGUCCAGGCGGUGUCGGCGAGAUUUUGGCAUCCUCGUUGCCACACUGACGAGGUGGUCAGAGUAGCGACCUGGGAACUCGCCCACGUCUGACGUUGAGCUGCACCUUGCGACGCCAGGCGUCCACAGGCCAGCUGCUCGGCCACUUCGGAACACGCUGUACCCGCCGAUCUGAACGGACGCGACGGGACUCCUCGCGAGGUGCAUCAUCUGGACACCGAGAUGUCGCAAACAACGCCGUCGAAAAAGAAGUCACUUCACCCGUACGCCGGCCUCGUGGAAGGUAUCAAGCGUCAAGAACAGGCCAAGGCUCGAAAGCAGCCCAAGGAGCGGCCGAAGGUACUGCGCGACAGGAGGGCCUCCAAGAUGUCCGUCCUGAAGCAGGAGGUGCCCGGUGAGACCGCUGCCGUACAGCAGCAGCAGCCGAUCAGCUCGGCGAUGGGCGCGGGCCAAGCGCUGGCGGAGCAGUGGCACGUGCAAGGAGCACGCACCGCACCGGCGGCCGCUAAGAUAUCAGCACAAGGGUUGAAGGACUCCCGAGCAUCGUCAACGACCACCCGGAAGUCGGGAGGUGUACAGUUCCACCAACAAACAGUGCUGGUGGUAGCCGUGAUCGCAGUCACGGUCCUGCUCCUGGUGACCGUCACGGGCGUCCUUGUGGGCAUCGGAGUGGCUCGCGGGAAGAACAAGACGUGCCGGACCGAAGGGUGUCUCCGGUACAGCAAAGCCCUGCUCGAAAGCAUGGACACGUCGACGAACCCGUGCCACGACUUCUCCCGAUACGUGUGCGGCCGGUAUUCGAACCCCAGGAACUACAGCGUCCAGGAGGAAGCCCAGUUCCAGUUCCGAAAGGAAAUAGCGAUGGCGGCGCGCAACACAAGCCUGACGGCCACGGGACAGAACGAGCUGCAGAAGACGCUGCGCUUCUUAAAGUCCUGCUUAGAUGUCGUCGAGACCAAAGACAUCGACAACACGGACACGGUGCGGUCCGGUCUGGGUGACGCCGGUAUCGGUUGGCCCUCUCUGCAAGGCGCCGACGCUGACACGCUGCUGAAAGCCACGGUGUUCUUUUCGGAGUACCUGGGCUGGCCGAGCCUCCUGGACUACGUUAUCGAGCACGGUACCACGCAUGCCUCCCAGGUGACCAUCUUACCGUCCCGACUAACGAAGGCCAUUGUGUACCGUGGAUUUUCGCAUCGGAAAGAAGAGGGGUUCCGCCACUUCUUCACUCUACUGACCCAUAACUACGCGCGUGCCGCCAACGGCAGCGUGAACGACACCAACAACGGCAACGUCACCUUGGAGGAGGUCAUGAGCGCCGAGCAGCGUUGCGUCACCUUUCCAGAUUACCAGCAGGGUGCCUCAGACAUGGUACUGUUCAGCAAUACCACCGAGCGUUCAAUCUUGAAGGCCAUGGGGGCGUUGAAGGAGGCUCUCGCCAAGCUUCCAUGGCAAACACUGAGGCUGGCCAACCUGAGCUUCAGCACAAACUAUUGGCCGCUGGUAAAGAAGGUGCUCGUGGGUAUCGUCGAGUCGCCACGCGACUUCGAACUCGUCAUGGGUUGGCAUGUGGUGCACUAUGCGGCGCCCAUCACCAGUCACGAGCUGGCCACUGCGUACCACGACACCUUUGCUUCGUCGGUUGACGCACUGCAAAAGCACAAGCGAUUCUGCCUCAGUAACACGGUUCGGUUCUUCGGCGUCGCGUCCUACUCCUUGUACGUGCGGGAUCACUACACCGCAGCCGUGCGCGAGGAAGUGGAGUCCAUGGCGAAGGCCGUGCGGCGAACUUACUUCGCCACCCUGACAGACUCCACGUACGACUGGGCAUCGCUCAACGACACGCUCAAGUACCUGAGGCGGUCGCAGUCCCACCGCCUCAGAGAGAUCCUAGACGACGUGGGGGACAUCCAUUUCGACAUCGUGGCCAACUACCGCACCAUGACCGUUGCGUACACCAAGGCGGGCGAGGAUAUGCAGUGGCUGCUGGGAUACGAACUCGACGAAAACAAUCCCUACCCGUUCCGGGCCGGAGGCGAGGCGCCCAUGUUGCCAUGGGCCAUCGAGUUUCCUUACUACCGCCACGACGUGCCUGCCUACUUGAGGCGACGGCGACGAAGCAUCGCUUCCGGGCCUGGCGCACAUGUCGCCGCUGCAGCUGUUCUUCGUGUCCGGCUGCUACAUCUACUGCAAGCGACAAACGGAUCACAUCCCCUGCAACGCCGCGCUUCGAUGGAGCGCCGACUUCCGCAAGGCGUUCCAGUGCCUGCCGGGCAGUCCCAUGCUGGCCAACGAGACCUGCCCCGUGUUGAGCUCCUCGGGAAGCCGACAGGACGCGCGUUCUACGCAGCGCGCGUGAAGCUGUUCUAUGCGGGCAUCUGCGCAGGCACUGUCGGACACCUCAGCUCUGCGACUGUGCUGUUAAUCGAUUCGCCUCGGCUUACUAUAUAUCUCGUGUGCCAACUAGCGAUUACGCAAGCUUGCGCUAUAGCUUCGCUAUAGUGCUGCGAUCUUUCAAUUGUCCGAUGUUCUUGUUUUAUUGUUAUCUCUGUGCCCCCCCCCCCACUUUGUGACUCUUGAACUCUAGUCUCCGUUUGUUUACCUUAGCAGUUUUCUUUCUUUUCUUUCAAUUUGGUCCUUGUCCUUUUCUUACGCUGCGAGUAUUGACUGUCGUAAGGAAGACACCGGAUGAACAUGAACGAGCUUCUUUUUUUAACACUUUGGUGCCAUCUCGAGGCUGCACCGUUUAUUUUCCCUGAAUGUUUAAUUGACUUUCAUUUGCACAGUUUGGUUUUGUCGUCUGAUGAGACUAUCCGUCUUCCAAGCUGCAAAUUGUAAAUCGACAAUAAUGACUGCUUCUCAUUUCUUAGCUUUUGUUCGUUACGCUCGCCGUUUCUACCUGUUAACAUGCCAGCCCAUGAGACAUCUUAGAGCUGAGUUCUGGGGUCCUGUGUUUAUCAAAUCUGCUGGCACAGAAGGCAUAGACACUGACUGAUUAAUUUGUUGAUUGGUUGAUUAACUGAUUGAUUGUUUAAUCAUUUGUGCAAUCAUGCUCAACGGUUUUUUUUGUCUUCUUUCUGUUGUGUUGUCAUCACCGCUUUGAAGCAUAUCAUUUAUUGUUUUACUUUGGGCUUGCAGUAAUUCACUUCGCGGAAAGAGCAAAGUUUUCUAAAUUUAUGUUUCCUUUACUGCUAUAGCCAGGCCUGCCCUGUUGUUUCACAACGGUGCAUUUACGUUGUUCACCUUUUCAGGCUCCUUAGCUUAUUCGAAAGCCUUACGGAUACUUGCUACUCCUAUGUACAAUUUCUUUUUGCUUCGAGCCACAUCUGUCCGAGGUCACUUAUAACCGUGCGCUCAUAGGAUAGAUUCUGGAAGCAAACAUAUCGCGCCGAGAAUGCAGUACUUCAAUUUCCCCCUAAUUAAAAGCAAACAGCUCUUUCGACUACUCGAAUAGAAGACGCUUUGUUAACAAUUUGCAUAAUGAAACAUUUUCAAAUGUGGAAACAUCCGGGAAGUGUUCAUUUAGUCGUAAGGGCAGGUAUUAGGAAUAAAAAUUA